AUGAACUCUCUGAAAGCCAAAGGGUGGAAUACAUUUGGUAGCUAUGCCUUCUCAGUGAGCACAAAUCCUGCUCAGAUUUCAGAUGAUGAUUUCGACAACAAGGUGUCGGUGCCAGUGCUAGGUGAUGCACACCAUGCAGAGGCUUCGCUGUUGCGGAGGCUGUUGUUUGAAAGUUAUACUCUUACUGCAACUGAGCUGAGACGAAAAGCUGAUACAAACGAAACAGAUGGCCCAAAGAAGUUGCCAGUCCAAGAGAUUGCAUCUCGUUUCUCAGCACUUGAGCGCAAGCUUGCACCGUUGAAGAUUGAGAGUGUCCUUGAGCCCAGUCACACUCUCAUCAAUAGUGUGGCUCAAUGUUUGGACGAUGGAAGGCUCAGGUACAUUGAAUGGUCUCGAUGUACAAGCAGGUCUGCAGAACUGAACAACUUGAAAGAACAAAGCAGUUUGAAAAUUUGGAAAGCCGAUGCAGCAGGCAACAUCAAGCAAGCAGAUGCUGAAAGCUCUCUCCAAUGCAACGUUGGGAGUGAGCUUGACGUGCUCAAUGCACUUCGCAGUAGAGGUGCGGCCUACGAAUUGGCCAAGCUGAUGAGCUAUGAGGUGCACGAUACAAUCAUCAACCUGCUGUUCAAUGAACUUCAGAAGGACCCCCUUGAUGGAUUCAAAGCCACAACACUGGCACAACUUGCAGCAGCUGACAGACAAGUGCACUUGAGAUUGGCUGAAAGAACUCGGUCAGGGCUACCACUUGGUCCUACAGGCGAGUUACCGCUUGAUGUACAUGUACCUGAAGUUCUCAAAAUGCCUUCGGUGAUGUGGCUCCUCAUGCCUACUCCUCGUUCAGCAAUUUCAGAGAAGCCAUCCUCGAGCAACAACAACAAUGCUGGGGGACCAAAGAAAACACACCCCCAGCCCGACAAGAAAGGGCAGCCGAAGGGUGGGAAGUUUGACAAACUUCGCAACAAGAGAUGGGCCAAAACACCGAUGCCCUCGCAGCUGAGAGGGGGCACACCAGUUGAUUCGGAAGGCCGUGCAAUUUGCUACGGGUACAACUUGGGAACAUGUCAUGAGAAGGUCUGCAAGAGAGGACGUCACGCGAAGGUCUCACAAGUUGUCGAGCAGUCGACAAUGACUCCUGGCGUUGCAAAGGUAACCGAGGAGUCACCUUCAGUGGAGAUCAUGCAGGGCAAGCCUGUUUCCACAGAGCCGGUCGAAGGAUCGGGCGUUUCAUCAGUGGAGCAGAAAAACGUAGCUGAAGCAGUUUGGGCAGAAACGCUGGAGCAAUGUGCUGAUGACAAGAAAUGGGUACAGGGGCCAUUUGAGCAUCCCAAGAUGGGUCUUCGUGGCAGCUUCCGACUGGCGAGGGAGUUGCGCAAGGGCACACUGCACGAUCCUGGCAACAAGGUGAGUGUUCAGACCUUUAUGGACAAACGACGGCCUUUCAGCAAGUCCUUCGAGAUCCUAAGAGCAGUUGUGGCUUUUCCCAUGAGUAGCUCGGGUGUGAUCGAGGUCCGCAACAAGGAGACCCGGUUGGAACAAUUGCUCGAAUUCGAAGCCUACUCUUAUGCCAUUCAGUCGCAACCGUGCUACGCGAUGGCCCUUUAA